GUCGGAGAUAUUAUUAUCAUCAAGGAGUAGCACAGUACUCCGCAGACACGUAACAGCACCGUGCAAUACGAGAAAUUAACAGACAGGCCACAAAUGCAUCGAUCCUCAUCCCCCGUGCGGGGUACGCUAACCGGUUCCCAUUACAGGUUCGACGCUUAAUACACCAUCGACGAUACACACACGUAUUAUAAACACCGACCAUCGAAACGAGCCCAUAUGCGCGCCUUUCUCUCGUCACUGGGCGAGCACAUCGUCGAUGCAGAGGAGGAAUCCUUCCUCCUCUUUUCCCGCUCCAUCCCCUCCGCUAACCUCGGCUUUCUCGACUCGCAUGCGGCCUCGGUCACCUUGACCAUCCAUGCCCACGACCUGACCAUCCAUCAAUCACCAACCCUGCUCUCGUCGUCGCGCGCAGGGGGGACGACUGGCGCUGUUCUCUGGAAAAUAACCCCGCGCUUCGCAGAAUGGAUUUCUGGUAGCUCAAACCCACUCUGGACGGAAUCAAUCCUUUCGCCUACGGCAAGCGUUGUCGAGCUAGGCUGCGGGAUUUCAGCGGUCGUGGCUCUCGCGCUGGCCCCGAGAGUAGGCCAUUUCCUAGCUACGGACCAGGAGUAUGUGAGAAGGAAGUUUAGGGAGAAUAUUGAUGAGAAUUGGCCUGAAGUAAAACCGGGGCGCUCCGCUGGAGGGAGGAGGGUGAAGGGGGCGAGUGGUGGAAAGUCUAGGGGUGGUAAUGGUAGUGGUAGUGGUAGUGGUGAUGGAGUGAAUAUCACCUUCGCACCACUCGACUGGGAGCGUGAUGAGCCUGCAACCCUCAAGCAACUGAUCCCCAACGCGGAUACAGCGGCAGACGCUGGCUUCGAUGUGCUCGUCUCGUGCGACUGUGUGUAUAAUGAAGCGCUAGUGCCGAGUUUCGUGCGGACGUGCGCUGAGAUCUGUCGGUUGCGACCAGUACAGAAUGAUUCUGGCAAUGAAGAUGGCGGGGUUAGACUGAGGCCGACGGUUUGUGUGAUUGCGCAGCAGCAGAGGUCGCCGGAUGUCUUUGAGGCCUGGCUGAGGGAGGCGAUGCGCGUGUUUGAUGUCUGGCGGUUGAGUGAUGAGGUGCUUGGGGAUGGGUUGAAGGAUGGGACCGGGUAUGUGGUGCAUGCACUGCUGCUGAAGGGCUAGUACAUACGUACAUGUAUCAAUUGAUGUAUACGAGACGUAGACAU